GAGGCAUAUGCUCAGCAUGUGCCGCGGGUUCCUUUUGAGAUCUAUGGCAAAUUUUGAAUUUCAGCAUCUCAUUUUCAGGAAACUAGGCGUUUCUCCUCCGGAGUCAAACCGCUAGCUUGGCAUGCGUAUGCUGGUAGACUGCUGAUGGCUUCCUGCCUCAGGCUUUGCCACAGAAUGACUGACAGAGCCGGAGUUUUCAAACCCCGACCAGGCAUUAAGUUCUGGAGGGAGUCAUUUGGUCAUGCUGGCGCCAGAGGCCGAAGUGCUGCCCGGACAAGUCUCUUCCAGUCUCUUUGGUGGCUUGAAAGCAAGGGGAGGUUCGGUGCGUGACCUGCAUUUGCACUUGCAUGCUGCAGUCCCAGCUACUGUUGCUGCUGUUGUCUGCCCAGAAGCCCCUGUGUCCCUCCAUUCAUCCAUUUCUGCCUCCAAACCCUUCCCAAAGGCAGCUUGCCAGUGGUGCGUUUUGCCAAAGCGCUGGGCGGAACAAUGCGGUACGGGGAGUGUGUGUUGGGAGCUGAGGUCAUUUUGGCUGCUCCGGCUCGUGACUGGUCAUGCAGCCAGUCUUGCGCACGGCCUUAAUAAUGCUUCAGGAGGAAUGUGGUUUAAUGUCCUUUGGGUCUGCCAGAGGUCUUCAACUUGCGGUCUGACCCAUGAAGGCCACACCAGGGAUGUGGAGCAGGUGUACCUACGUUGCUCCCAAGGCUCUCUAGAGUGGCUUUAUCCCACAGGGGCCAUCAUCGUCAACCUCCGACCCAACAUGGUCUCUCCCGCCACCGCUCGGCUCUCUGUCUGCAUUAAACCCUCCGCCGAGUCCAGCGGCACCAACAUCUACCUGGACCGCAACGGCAAGCUGAGGUUACUGCUGCCUGAGCAGGACCAGGCUCAGGGCAAGGUGCACUGCUUCGGCAUUCAGGAAGGGGCGCUCUUUAUUGAGGCUGUCCCCCACAUGGACAUCAGUCGGCGGAUUACGGCGUUCCAGUACGAGCUGGUCAGCGACAGGCACAAGGCGGGGCCGCACUUGCUCGGUGCGUCCUGUCAGCCCUGCAGUGACACUGAAGUGCUUCUAGCUGUCUGCACAAGUGACUUUGUGGCACGAGGCAGCAUUAGGAAGGUGGAUCAGGAGGAGGAGCACUCAUCUGUCACUGUGGAGAUCAGUCACCUUUACAGACAGAAAACCCACGUCUUUGUAUCUGGGGGUGUGAGGGUACGGAGCUGGACUGGCCGUAUCAAAAUGCCCCUUCAGUGUGGGGUGAGGUCCGGUGAGGGGGAGUUUCUGUUCACUGGGGCCGUGAGGUUUGGGGAAGCCUGGAUGGGCUGCGCCCCACGCUACAAAGACUUCCUGCGGUUGUAUCAUGAAGCACAGCAGCAGGGCACCAACCCCUGUCACGUGGACACUAACUGAGCAGGUCGUCUGCCCACAGUUGGAGAUGGAACAAGCCCUCAGUAACUGAGGAGACUGGCCCAGUGGCCCAGAGCCCCUCUCCUCUCCUGCUGCGCCGUGACUCUUUGGAGACAAUGACUGGAGCUGCUGGAUGUUGCCAAGCAGCGUGCUAGCCGAACGCCGGUGAUGCAACGUGGAAUGUGUUCAGACCGCCUUUCUCACGCACGAGGAAUCGCAAACUUUUAAAUGUAGCAGACCCCAUUUGGUGUUUAUGUGUAUAAAAUGUGAAUGAAUAUUGUACAUUUUGAAGCUCUGUGUGCUUUGUUCAAAAUCAAAACGAAAACAAAAAAAACUUGAUGUACAGUUCUGAAUUUAUUUCUUAUGACAGAUGUAUAAAAUGAAAGACUCUUAUUUUGUUUAAAAAUUUAUUGCAGUUUAAAACCUGAAUUAUUUUUUUCAGGUUGUACAAUUGUUUAAAAAAAAAAAAAAAAAAGAAACCAAAAAGUUUUUUUGUUUUUUUUUGCCACUGAGAAGAAUAAAAACUUUUAUUCCCAUG